GCAUGGCCGGGGGCGGCGGCGCCGAGCGGGCCGGGGCAGGGGGGCUCCUGCCCCCCCUCUGCCGCCAGCACCGCCGCAAGGAGAGCCGCGAGCGGCUGUCGGUGUGCAGCAAGUUGUGCUACGCCGUCGGGGGGGCUCCUUACCAGAUCACGGGCUGCGCCCUCGGCUUCUUCCUCCAGAUCUACCUCCUGGACGUGGCGCAGCUGGAUCCUUUCUAUGCCUCCAUCAUCCUGUUUGUGGGACGAGCCUGGGAUGCCAUCACGGACCCCAUGGUGGGUUUCUUCAUCAGCAAAUCCUCAUGGACCUGCUUCGGCCGCCUGAUGCCCUGGAUCAUCUUCUCCACCCCAUUCGCUGUCAUCUCCUACAUCCUCAUCUGGUUUGUGCCAGACAUCUCCAGAGGCCAAGUGAUGUGGUAUCUUGUCUUCUACUGCGUCUUCCAGACCCUCGUGACAUGCUUUCACGUGCCUUACUCAGCACUGACCAUGUUCAUCAGCAGGGAGCAGAGCGAGCGGGACUCGGCCACUGCCUACCGUAUGACUGUGGAAGUGCUGGGCACUGUGCUGGGCACCGCCAUCCAGGGCCAGAUCGUGGGCAAAGCAGACACUCCCUGCAUCGAGAGCCCCCUUUUCUUUGGCAUGACCAACUCCUCGGUGGCCCUGGAGGAGCUAAACAUGACCCACGACACCGGCUCACUCACAGACACCAGAAAUGCCUACAUGAUUGCUGCGGGGGUCAUCGGGGGGCUCUACAUCCUCUGUGCCUUGAUCCUGUGGGCGGGCGUGCGGGAGAAGAGAGAGUCCUCUGAGCUCCAGUCGGACGAGCCUGUCUCCUUCUUCCAGGGGCUGAGGCUGGUGAUGAACCACGGUGCCUACAUCAAGCUCAUUGCUGGCUUCCUCUUCACCUCGCUGGGCUUCAUGCUGCUGGAGGGAAACUUUGCCCUCUUCUGCACCUACACCCUGGGCUUCCGCAACGAGUUCCAGAACAUCCUCCUGGCCAUCAUGCUGUCAGCCACUCUGACCAUCCCCUUCUGGCAAUGGUUCCUUACCCGCUUUGGGAAGAAGACAGCUGUCUACGUGGGCAUCUCGUCUGCCAUCCCUUUCCUCAUCCUGGUGGCUGUCCUGGACAGCAACCUCAUCGUCACCUACAUCGUGGCUGUCGCGGCCGGGAUCAGCGUCGCAGCCGCCUUCCUGCUGCCCUGGUCCAUGCUCCCAGAUGUCGUAGAUGACUUCAAGCUGCAGCACCCUGGCUCCCAUGGCCAUGAAGCCAUCUUCUUCUCUUUCUAUGUCUUCUUCACCAAGUUUACCUCUGGGGUCUCCCUGGGCAUCUCCACACUCAGCCUAGACUUUGCAGGGUACCAGACCCGGGGCUGCUCCCAGCCCAGCGAGGUGAACUUCACCCUGAAGAUGCUGGUGUCUGCUGCACCCGUGGUGCUGAUCCUGCUGGGCCUGCUCCUGUUCAAGCUGUAUCCCAUCGAUGAGGAGAAACGGAGGAAAAACAAGAAAGCUCUGCAGGAUUUAAGGGGAGAGAGCAACAGCAGCUCAGAGUCGGACAACACAGAACUGGCCAGCAUCGUGUGACCCAGGCCGGGUCUGUCCGCUCCCACCGGGGCUCUCCGAAGGACUCUGCCUCUCUGGGCUGGCCCAGCCUUGUGCCAAUGCAGGUGUCUGCCUUUGGAGCACCUGGAGAAGCCGUGUGGAGCAUCCACCACCUGGAAAACACGGGAUCUGUGCCGGUCUCGUGCCUUCCACGGGAUGCACAGAGCGCUGGUAGUGUACAUUACACACGCUGAGGUACUCGUGUGCCUCACUGGACACAAGCACUGAUCCUGCCGGGGGCCUGGAGAGCAGAAAAGGCCGAAUUGGGAUCAUUUUGCCUGGAACACUCGUGCCCACUGCCCCUCUGUGCCUGGCCCCCGUGGGCUGUGACCUGGGGGACAAGGGUGAUGGUUGGUGUACAUUACACUGUCGGUGUGCCCGCGCCGAGCACGUGAGCUCACCUCUGCUGUCUGUACAUAGGACACUAAUUUGGGAACCUGUUCUUUUCUUUUUUAUAUGGCCCAAUUAACUUAAUGAUGUAAAUAUGAAGCUGUUUCCUGUUUGUAUAUAUCUGUACAGAAACCGAACUCGAGGACCUGUUAAUAUUAAUUUACAUAAAAGUGGGGGAAGCCAGCA